UUUCAGGUUAAGCAGUAAGCAGGUCCAAGAUGGCAGCGUUCGUGGCUAAGCAGAUGGUGGGCAACAAGCUGAGCGCCGUAAAAGGCGCAGUCGGCGGUGAUGGCGACGACAGCGAUGACAAGGAAAAGGAAGAAGAAGCAGAACGCGAGCGGCAAGAGGCCAUUCGUGAGGCCGAGGAAAGACGCAAGGAGAAGCACCGCAAGAUGGAGGAGGAGCGAGAGAAGAUGCGGCAGGAGAUUAGGGACAAGUACAAAAUCCCAAAGAAGGAGGAGGUGGUGGAACAGCAGCAGGCAGAGCCCGAUAAUCCGCUCAUGAGGAAGAAGAAGACUCCUGAAGAACUCGCGGCCGAGGCCGAGCUCGAAGAUCAGGACGAAUUCACCAAGUUGAAAAACACCAUCGAAACCCAAGUAAACGAACUGAAAUCUCAGAUCGAAAGCAAAUGCGUGAUGCAGUGAGCGUUGGCGCGCGUGUCUCGCCCGCCGGCGCCGACGCCGCAAUACAUGAUGUAGCUGUACUAAGGUCAUUGUUACAAAGAUGUUUCACAACCCAAUACCAGAAAAAAAGAAGAAAAAAGUAAAAAAAAAUCCUCCACCCCCAUCCGGAAAUCCCUAAAAAACGAAUUUCGUUCCAAAACCGUAUCACUCGCGCUCAAGAAAUUUUGUGUAGGAGAGAUUUGAAUUCUAAAUUUUUUCGGAACGUAGUUGGCUAGUGGCGCGUUGGUGCUUGAUGAUGAGCAAUAAUAUUUUUAUACAUUCAUAAAUUGUGGAGAGCAGCCCUCGACACAACUGACAUCACAGAAGCGCGAUCGGAGCUAUAGGUCAAAAAGUCACCCACGCGAUCCAGCGACCUUUACAUUGUGAGAAUGUGAAACAAUCCGUUUUAUAUGUUGAUGCUUGUGAUAUAUUGUUAUUUAAGUGUAAAGAGGAAAUAAUAUAAUACAAAAAGACGGUGUAAUAUUAUUAAAAAGAGGGAAAUGUAAUAUAAGAAGUGUUAGCACGCGUGUAGUUGACUUCAUACUUGUCUGUCGUACGGUACUUCUCUCGUCUAUCUCUCCGCGCAACUUACAUUGAAAUAACAAUGUAUUCGGUCUCUGAAUAUUUGUUUCAUCCAAAUUCCGGCUUUGCCCGGUCCGUUCCGGUCCGGUAUCUCCGUGUCUGUGUGGCUUACGCUCUUCGCUCGUUUCCUUUCGAACUCACUCUUCGACUUUUGCCUCUAAAUCUUUUGCAUGCGUGCUUAUGCAGUGUCAAUCGGUAUUGUGUCAGUGUAUUUUGUUUAGGUGUGUACAUACCUUAAUGGACCUAGCCUUAAUAUCCACAUCGAACAUAUUAAUAGGUACAUACAAUAUUGUUAACGAGUCCGCUUCCACGCCUCGUUCAAAAGCGUGGUCGCGGCAUUUGAUAGUUGUCCAGUUUUUUCUUGCAUGUCUCUAAUAUAAGAUCAGUGUUCGUUUAGAAUAAUGUGUAAUGUAGAUCCAGUCCCAGCCCUCGAGUGUGUUGCAGUUGAACCAAUGUGGCGUUGGAGACGCUAUUUGGAUUUGAAUCUAAUGUUUUAUCGAUGUUUUACGCUUAGAUGUUAAAGUUAACGCUUGUGAGAGCAAAUUCUUCGAGCGAUUCGGUGCGUUGAUCGCAAAGAGAUCCGUCGGAAUAAUAAUUGAAUCAUCUGUAAACAAAAUACACGAAAGGACACACAAUAAUGUUGUUGAUGUAUUGAGAAAUAUUGAAAAAGCCACACAUUGAUCGAAAUUCACCACCCUGCCUGUCAUUCUACAAGAACGACGUCCAAAAGUCCAAAAUUCACUACAUCUAACCUUGGAAAUUAUUAUUACAGUACUUCCACAUAUAAAUAAUUCAGCGGUACCUAUUAAAGAAAAUAUUGACAUAAAGGUGCGUUUCCGACCAAAUACAGCCACACAAAUGAUACAAUUACUAAUAUCUCGGAUGGAGUGUUCCCGUUGAUGAAAGCAAAUUGUUCGAACAAUUAUCUCCACAGUAUAAAGCUGCAAAUGCAAAAGAUUUGUUAUCGUCAAAAGCUGUGAUAAUAAUUAAAUAAAAUAAACAAACGCUGUGCGCCAUCACGCGGCGCCGGCCGCGCCGCCGCCGCCGCCGCCGCCGUGAGCCGUAGCGCCCUUACAUUUUCUCAUUAUUAGGUAAAUACUUUCACUGUAAUUAACUCCAUUUGGCAUCUGUCACAUGACUUAUGUACUUGUAACUGUCAAAAGCAUUCCUAUCACGCUCGAAUCGAAAUCGAAAUGUUCAAACUUAAACAGGAUGGAAUGUUCAAAUCACUUGAAUAUAUGCGCCACGAUGACAGAUGUCAGAUUUGGUGUAUUAAAAUGGAAGUACUUAGGCUUAUAAACUUCUUCGCGUUUCGAACUAUCACUAAAUAAGUAACUCAUAUCAAUGAUCGACACUUCUGUGGUCAUCUUUCCUUCUUGUAGAUUUCGAGCUCUCGAUUUCUGCGGUCAAAUCAGCACAUCAUGUAUUCCUUUAGGUUUAAGAUUAUGUUAUUUGUAAAUGAGUUAUAAAAACACUAUAUACUUACACUAUGUAACGUUGUUGCUUGCUAGUUUGACACCGAGAUUAUUUAGAUUAUAUUUUUGCGUAGUUUCUUUGUCAUAAAACGUCAAUUAACUAUCACAAAGCAAAUCAAAAACAGUAUAUAAAAAUCUAUUCAAUAUACACUAAACAAAUGUAAAUAAAAUGAGAACAAACAAUAAUUUCUGAUUGUUAUUGAGAACGCUAUUUUCUGAUGUAUAAGAUUCAAAAUAUUUUUUCGCACUCUACUGCACAUUGAUGUAUAUUUUCAUAGCUUGUUUCAAUAGUAUCUUGUUUGGAGCACGCCUAGCUACCAUUACAUCUUUGAUGUCCUUCUUUACUAUUAUACUGCAAACCAAGUCUAGAGUCCUUUGAGUACAGAAGUUGUAAUAAAAUUAAGACAGAUUUUAUCCAAGUUUCUAAACGUUAGAAAAAUAGAUGUCAGGCGCUCUUUGAGGUAUUGAUAAAACGAUUUUUCUAAUUCAAAAUAGAAGUUGUUGAAUUUGUUUCCUAAAGAACUCUACUUGGUCAAAAGUAUAGUGAUAAAAUUGGACUUUCUAUAUCAAUAUCUACCUAUAAAUUGUAUCUAACAAAUGUAUAUCUUCAAGAUGGGCACCGCUUUAAAGGCACUCGUCCCGUCCGUCUUCAACUUCACAUCUUAAUAUUAAAAUAAGGUAUAACUUAAAACUUUCAGUGUAUGUGUAAUUAGCCUAGGUUAUUCAUGUAUUACAAGAAAUAGUUAUAUGUAUGUGCAUGGCAGUUCUAGCUAAACGGUUGUUCGUAGUUACUCGGAAUAAACAAUAAUAGAUUAUAAGUGAAUAAACAGACCUGUCGCAAUGAUUUUCAAAAAUACACGACCAAAUUUCAAAUGUCACCUCUACUCGAUACUUAUAUCUUUAGUGUGUGUGUUAGCUCCAACUUCUAUAUGUAAAACUACCCUCUAGAACCUUUAUCUAUCUUCUAUCUUCGAUCUAACUAGUUAGUAGACCUGGGCUCUUCGUUGUUGACUCUCAUUUUAAGUAGAAUAUAGUGUAUUAGAAAAUUAUUUUGGUACGUAGCGAGGUCUAGUUACAACUAACGUUUCGGAAAUAACGGCUAACUGUCACUAAUUUAAAAUUAACGUGCGUUUAAUUGUAUGAGUUGAAGAUGUUUGCAUGGCUCGUUGGUAAGUGUAAAGCUCUUAAGUGCGUUUCGGUGUCGUUCUCUCUUUACUCGUGAUUUACGUAAUUUAUACAAAAUUCGGCGUAUGUCAAGGAAAUGGCGAGGUCGCUAUCAUUUAAGUGCAUCGAAGCUGUGCGAAAAAAGCCAUUCAAAUGUUUAUAAAUGACAACGCCCUCGUUAUUCCUGUCACGUAACAACGUUUGUAUAAAUUGCGCUUCGUAUUUAUUAUUUUCAUUAAAACAGUAUCUAGACGCUUCUAUAAAGCUAUCUUCGUGUCUGUAUGUUUAAGCUUUCAAUGUUCAGUGUUAUAGUUAUAUAAUUACAUAGUUAUAAUGUUGCUUGAGUACGCAAUACGUGAAGGAAUUUGGGUGAUAUCAAAUGGUUGUAACAUUUAUUUCGAGUCUAUUUUGACCAAUGUUUUGGCUUCGGUGUUUUGAACAUUACGCACGGUGUUCUGAAACAUCAAGGUCCUUAUGCCCUUAACACUAUCACUACAUAUAGAUUCAAUCUCUUACCCACAAGUCUUUCAAGAACGUAGAAUUAUUUAUAUCUCAAUUAAGGUCGUUGCACAUUUACAAUAUUAUAUUCUUAUUAAUAUACCAAAAUUUUCAUUUUAUAUAAAAUAAAAUAUAUAGUGAAUUUAUAAAGAGGUUUAUACAAGGUAGAUGUGUAGUUUAGUCAUAAUUGUAUGGUUACUUAUAAAAUACGAAAAAUUCAUUUUAUGAUUCACGCCCGUGUCCGUAGAAUAAUUUUAAGAACUUAUGACCAAUCUUAGAUUUCUCCUUGACAUCAUUUGCUAUGAAUUUAUUCUUAUGACUUUCCAACUCAGGGUAAAUAUAUAUUGACUACUUGUUGUCUAUUUAUAUUAUGUGAAUGUAUGUUUAGUUAGUUUAGGUCGGGAGCAUGACUUUUUGGCCUGCAAAGGCUUCAUCUUUAUCUUCUAUGGCCGUCUGUUCGAACGAAUACGUGCGGCUUAGCUCAUAUUCGAUUAGCUAUCUAUACUAUCGAGAUGAUGGCCAGUUCAAGUCGGCCUUACUAUGCGAGCUCUUUAUUAAAUACAUCGUUCAGAUUGUCUUGAGCUGCCACAAGCAUUCGAUUUCUACGGACGUCCAAAAACAUUGAAGUGAUAGUGAUCUUUUCUUGAAUUUACACCAGUUCCUCAGCCCUCAAUGUAGGAGGUUUGAAUUUUCACUGUUGUCUUAUCCUUAGAGGAGUUAUGAAGUGUAGACUUAUACAUUUUAAUACAUACCUUGUUAAACGUUUUAUUAAUAAAUAGCAUAUUGAUAGUUGCACUAGGUUUUAGCCUUAGGUUUUACAGAGAUGAUGGUAAAUUUCAUGUUGCGCACUCUAUAUUUCUAAAAUCUUUAUCAACGACAAUUACUUUGAUACAUUGCAUUGUCUUUCUCAGGAAAUCAUUUGUAUUUAUUUGAUCAAAACCUACAAUAAUCAAAAUUAGUCCAUAAUUCUUAUCAGCACAACGAAAAUCGGUUUGUAAUGACGUGAAAUGUACCAUCAUUUCUGAGUCGGUUGCAGUUGACGGAAAUUAUUGGAUGGUUGAACAUUUGAAAUGAUUGACAGCAAUAAUAUAUAGAUACACUUGUCAUAAUAUUCACAAUCGUUCGGAACAAAGUGAGAUGACUGAAAGAAAAACACUUUACGGCACUUUAGAUUGAAAGGAAAGGAACUAUUGCAAACAUAUCAUGCGUGAUGAAGAAGCAGUACAUUUCAAAUGAACUAUCAUACGAUGUUUCUAUCUGAACAUUUACCUGAAUGAUCGUGUUCAUGAUAAUGAAUUAUGAUCAUGAUCACGAUCAUGCAUGAUCAAAUGUGCUCGAAAGGGAAGAACAUAGUUAUAGACGAUUUAGAGACAACGACACAUUUCACAACACAUAAGAGCUUCUUCACACACAAAAAUGCCAGUAUUAUUUCCCACUAUAUUCUUAAAUUCUAUUAUCGAUAAAAUGUUACACUGUUCCACGCAAUUAAGGAUUUAAAGAACUGAUUUUGAAGUGCCACAGUAUACAGUUUUUGCGCUUUGUUUUUGAAAAUUCUUUGAUUGCGUGGCAUAGAAUAGUUUGGUUUAAAAUCCUCAUAGUUGAAUAUGUUAAUAACGCUUUCAAGAGAAUUAUCUGUGUUUAAAUCAUCUGUGGGUGAUAUUACAUCGUUGUUAUACCACGCAGAGUUAUUCUCGAGAAAGACUUGUUUGUUCAUAGGAUAAUUAUUAUUAAUCGGCCAAUAUAAGAACACAUAUAGUGCGUUAGCUUUUAAUAUUAGUGACAAAUAGUGUUAAAAUUGCAAGUUUACCGAUCGAAGUAUAUUAAAAAAAAUGUGUAACAAAAUUAAAAAAAAAUGGAUAUUGAAAACCAUUAACUUAACGUGAACGUGGUUCAUAAGUAUGUUGUAUUGUUAUUAUAAAAAAAGGUUAGUAGUUUAUCCACGAUUACAUUAUAAACUUAGAGUUAUGGAUGAAAAAUGAAAAAAAGGUUAUUGUUGAAAAUGUUUUUAGGUAAUUAAAAAUCGGAUUGAGCUUUUGUGAACUGUUAUUAAUGAAUAAGUUAGGUUCCGUUUGCUGGCUGUACGAUACUGCCAUUUUGAAGUUUAUCGACUUUCUUCUACAAGGGUUAGUUUUGUCAGUCACUUGUAGUUUCAUAAAAUGUAGGCUUUUUCUGCUGCCACUGGGUUGUCUCUGACUUGCAUCGCGUUUCGUUCGUUUCGAAAGUCCCUAUUAGUUAUUAUAUAAAAGUUUAGAGGUAGCCAUUUUCAUGUGAGGCCUCGAUGACGAAUGUGAAAAUGGUAUAUCUACCAUGUUGUUAAAUAAUAAAUAAACUACAUUGUACC